CAACAACAUUUGAUUUAUAUACCGCCCUUCAGUAUGACUUAACACCCACUCAGAGUGGUUUAUAAAGUAUGUUACUAUUAUCCCCACAACAACAAACAUCCUGUGAGUGGGAAAGAAAAUAGAGCCCAAAUGACACCAAAGAACAACCUUCUUGGAAACUUCAGCAACUGCAGCAGUGAUUACAAGAUCAAUCAAGUUCUCUUUCCCUUGUUGUACACUUUUAUUUUCUUUGUGGGAAUCAUAAUGAAUGGACUGGCAAUGGGAGUCUUUUUCCAGAUUUCCAGCAAAUCUAAUUUUAUCAUCUUUCUCAAGAACACAGUGAUUUCUGAUAUCCUUAUGAUCCUGACAUUUCCAUUCAAAAUUCUCAGUGAUGCAAGACUAGUGUCAUGGGAGUUGAGAGGGUUCGUUUGCAAAGUGUCCCAGGUCAUAUUUUAUUUCACCAUGUACAUCAGCAUUAUUUUCUUGGGCCUUAUAACUAUUGAUCGCUACUUGAAAACAGCUAGACCCUUCAGGUCAUCCACCACAGGCAAUGUAUUGGCUGCCAAGAUUCUGUCCAUAUUUAUCUGGAUAUUCAUGUUCUCUCUGUCACUUCCAAACAUGAUUCUGACAGACAAGAAGCCAACACAGGAGACGGUGAAGAAAUGUGCCGAUCUGAAAUCGGAUUUUGGGUUACUGUGGCAUGAGAUUGUUAACUACGUUUGCCAGUUUAUCUUCUGGGUUAACUUUGUCAUCAUAAUCAUAUGCUAUACACUCAUAACACAAGAACUGUACAAAUCCUACAAAAGAACAAGAAGCAUGGGAAAGGCAAACAAGAAGACUGUGAAUAUCAAAGUUUUCAUCAUCAUUGGGGUGUUUUUCAUUUGCUUCGUGCCUUACCAUUUUGCCAGAAUUCCUUACACCUUGAGCCAAACAAGAGAUGUUUUCAAAUGUUCCACUCAAAACACAUUGUUUUACAUAAAAGAGAGCACUCUGUGGUUAACUUCACUGAAUGCCUGUCUAGAUCCAUUUAUAUACUUUGCUCUCUGUAAAUCCUUUAGAAAAUCACUUCUAAAAACACUGCAUAUGCAUGUGAUUAAAACAAGGGGGGAACAGAACAUUGAAACUAUCGAUGAUGAGGAAACACCUAUGUAGACCUAUGAGAGAUCCACCUAAUGUGACCAAAGACAUUCUGCAUACCUUUCAAUGCAUGUAUUCAUUCUAACUAUGAACUUGCCUUCCAGCUUCUGUUCCAUUCAGUAAUUUUUCAGAAUCGCAUUCAUGACACUAGCAACAACAAGCCGCUGAAUGAGAGAUAUGCACAAUAUUACUACCACUGUGUUUUCUUUUAAAAUUAUGACUAUACACACUGAGAAAAAACUGAAUGUUGACAGGGUAAAGAGUCUGAUGUACUCAUGGAAAACAGAAACAAGAUUGGGGCCAAAACUUUUUGAUACAUUCAUUCUAAACUAGGUAUAUAUAAAGAAAGAGAAAGGAGAGGAGAUAUAAGAUAAUACAAGAAGUGUUUGUUCACAUACAAUUUCUCACUGGUGUCCAUUGGUAGUUGUUCAUUUCAGCUCCCAAACUGACAGGGAUUUAAACUUUCUGUGCAGAUGUAGAAGAAAAUAGGCAUACCAAGAGAGUAAUUCAAAGAUUCAAAUUAUACUCUGUUACAGACGUGAAAUUAUUUGGGGUUUGAUCAUACCAGUUUCUCCUGUAGUGGAAAAGGGGUGAUCUGGUCUAACUCCCUUUCUCACUGCAGAACCCAAGCCAACAAAGCUUCUUGUACAUAUAGGUCUAAGGAACAGCAGCAUAACUGGAAGACGUGUCAAAAGAGGUUGCCUCCUCUCUUGUAUGUAAGCAGAAAUCUUGUAAGGUCCACUCCCUUAUAUUUCAAAGUUAGUCCCCAAAAUGAAAGCCUCUUGGCACAAAAAGCACUGGAAGUUUAAAAACCAUGUUCUGCUACACAUUUUAAAGACUUCCUCCUCUGUGGUUUUAUUUCUCAUGCUGCUGCCACACACAAACACACACACACCCACACACACACCCAUGUAAUCAAAAUCCCUUGAGUGCUGGCCUUGUGUUCAGUGCACUCAAGGCCACGGCAGCUCUUUACCAAAUACUCUAUCCACUAAAUAUAUGAAUAUUGUACAUAAAACUGUGAUUCAAGGAUCCAGCUCCCCAAUGAUUUAAGAACUGAGCAUACAGGAAAGUUAUUUUUUUCUGAGUUCUAUCAGAACAAAUAUUUUACUUUUUGUUACAUACUGCUGUAGUUGUGAACAGCUCUGUAAACUAAACUGUAGAACUCACAGUUAAAAGCUGAUGUUAAAAAGGAGUCAGUUUUGAUCAUCUUAAUGAGACAAAGGGCAUUAGUAAUGCAGCUUGCUUCCAACCCAAAGAGGCACAAGCCUUUACUUGCUCCACGGAAGAUGCACACAGUAUGUUCCCCAUUUGUAUUUUACCAAUUGAUAUAAAUCAAGUACUUUUUUUGAUGACAGAAACAUUUCUUGGAUAGUAGAAACUAACAGACAAAUUUCAUUAUGCUGUAAAGUGGCAAAUAAUUUGUAACCCCUUAGAAGAAGCUUGCUUUCUGUAACAGACAAUAUUAUGAAUGGUACUACGUGGUGGCAAAAGAAUCACCAUGUCAUGUAACAUUAAAAUAUAAUACAUACUUCUUUGAAAUCUGUUAACUGCUGUCAGCCCUCAGAUUAUCUGUAAAUUUUUCUGCCUGCUGUCAGUAUUAAAAGUGAAUUAUUAACAUGGCAUAAUAAAUGAAAAAAGUGAGCAAGUAUUAUUAAAACACAUUAGAAAAAUCA